AUGACAGCGGUCACCACGACGACCACGGCCAUCCUCCUGCAACAGGUUAUGGUAAACAGCCGCCAAGAGGACCGCCUCGUGGCUGGUCGUCCCAACGUCAAGAACCCGGACGCCUUCCAGAUCGGCUUCCCCAUGCGAACCAACUACAUGUACGGCCGCAUCAAGCGCACACUCCUGAACGAGAUCUUUGCUCUGACGGUGUGUCUGUGGUUGAAGGGGGGGAAUGGGCCGGGCAUAGGAACCCCCUUCUCCUACUCAGUUCCCGGCCAGGCCAAUGAACUAGUGCUCAUCGAGUGGGGCAACAAUCCAAUGGAACUUCUGGUCAAUGACAAGGCUGUGACCCUGCCUCUCUCGAUAACGGACAGCAAGUGGCAUCACCUGUGCAUUACCUGGUCCACACGGGACGGUGUGUGGGAGGCUUACCAGGAUGGCGUGAAGAGAGGCUCAGGAGAGAGUCUGUCCGCAUGGCACCCCAUCAAACCUGGCGGAGUUUUCAUCCUUGGCCAGGAACAGGACACUCUCGGUGGAAAGUUUGAUGCCACCCAGGCAUUUGUGGGUGAGAUGUCCGAUCUACAGCUGUGGUCUCGAGUGCUCACACCUCAGGAGAUCAACAACCAAGCCUCUUGUCGGUCCCACUUAACAGGGGACAUCAUUACAUGGAUGGAGUCUGUGGUGGAGUUGCAUGGCGGGGUCACCAAAUACCCUUUCGACCCCUGCCACUGA